CCCCCGCCCCCCGGGUCCCUGCGGCCGCCGGGGACGCCUGGCCCCCGCGCUGGACCCCAGACCCGCACCUGAGCGCGGCGCCGGGAGCGCGGGCGGGCCGGGGCCCGGGGGAGACAUGGGGAAAUUCCAGUCCAAGCACGCCGCCGCAGCCUUCAAGCGAAGAGAGAGCCCCGAAGGGGACAGCUUUGUGGUGUCUGCGUACACGAGUGGCCGCAGAGGCGUGGAGGAGGUGGAGCGGCGUGGCGGCUGCGCAGAGCACAGUGCGAGGGACAAGCAGGAGCUGCCCAGCGGGGACCCCAAGGAAGGACAUUUCUGGGAGGACCAGCGCCCACUAGAGGUGGUGCUGCCGCCUGAGAAGGCCGAGGGCCGAGAGGGCCUGGGACAGCUCUUGAGCCCAGAGGGUGCAGAGAGGGCGGCAGCCCGCGAGGGCCCCCGAGGCCUGGGCAGGAAGCGCCUGAACGUUGACGCGCUCCAGUGUGAUGUCUCAGUGGAGGAAGACAGCCACCAGGAGUGGACGUUCACCCUGUACGGCUUCGACCACAGUGGGAAGGCCACCAGAGAGGACAUGUCCAGCCUGAUGCACACCAUCUACGAGGUUGUCGACGCCUCGGUCAGCCACUCCUCGGGCAGCAGCAAGACCCUCCGUGUGAAGCUGACUGUCAGCCCAGAGCCCUCCAGCAAGAGGAAGGAAGGCACCCCCACUGGCCAGGACCGGGAGCCCACGCGCUGCAGGACGGAAGGGGAGCUCACCGAGGACCCCAGGGUGGCGGACAAGAGGCUGUCUGCGCACGUCAGGAGGCCCAGUGCGGACCCCAGCCCCUGCUCCGAGCGGGGUCCGUACUGCGUGGACGAGAACACAGAGCGGAGAAACCACUACCUGGACCUGGCUGGCAUCGAGAAUUACACGUCUAAGUUUGGACCCGGGUCCCCCCCAGGGCAGGCCAGGCAGGAGCACCAGGCCAAGGCCCCGCACCCCCAGACCAGGUCCCGCUCCCAGGAGUCGGACGCGCACUCCGUGCACCACCGCCGGUGUCCUGCACCGGCCGACCACGCCCUGCUGGCCGCGGAGCCUGCCCCCCGCGCCCUGGACCUGCAGCCCCGGCUGAAGGGGCAGGAGAAGCAGUUCCUGAAGUCCCCCCAGGCUGCGGGGAGGCCGUCUGGGGCGCCCAGCGGGGCGGCGAGGCCCGGGAGAGCCUUCAGCUACCACCCGCCACCCCCCCCAUCCCAGGCCCCCCAGGAUGGCCACCACCUCCCACAGCCCCCGCCCCAGCCCCCGCCACCACCCUACGGCCACAGGCGGUGCCGGCAGAAGGGCAGGGAGGGCCCCUCGCCUCUCAGGGCUGCGCUGGGCCAGCCCGCGGUGCUGGAGCACGAGGUGGUGCGGGACCUGCCGCCCCUGCUGCUGGGCGAGGCCUGUGCGGUGCCCGUGGUCCAGCGCCACGAGCACCACCACCACCACGAGCACCACCACCACCACCACCACCACCACCACCACGCCCCGUCCUAGCACGGCCCCGGGCACCGAGGGACGCUCUGAAAGGCCCUUCUUCCCUCGGCUCUUCCCGACGGGCAUCCAGAGACCGCAUCCCUGCCGCUGACGUCCCCGUCACCAUGCUGCUCUGUGUAAUCGUAACAGCACACCUGCGCUUACAGAAGUACCUGAACCUGCCUUCAUCAUGAAACCAAAGUGCAGCCCCGCGGUGUCGACGGGUCUGCUCGGACGUUCUCGGCGUGUCUUCCUCUGGGGCCUCGCACUCGGGGUUCUUCGGCUUGUGGGGCUGGGGGUGUGGACUUGUCCCCGGGCUCGAGUGGGCAGGGAGCUUCGUAGGCCUUCUGGGCUCAUCGUUCUUGAAGCCGGGAGCCGUGGCCUGAGGAGCAGCUGCUUCUCCGGGCCCACACGUGCGGUGGCCAGUUCUGCCACACGAGGCCGGCACAGAUCACAGAGGAGAAGGGGGCCGUGUGGGCGGGCGGGC